AUACUCGACGGCUUCAUUGAACGAGCUCACAAUCAGAGAGAGUACCAGGAAGAUAGACAGAGGGAGUACUGUGCUGAAAGAACAAUGGGAGUAGACGUCGAAACCCUCAGACCAGGAGACGGAAAGACUUUUCCGAAGCAAGGAUCGACAGUUUCAGUGCACUAUGUCGGCACCCUGACAAACGGCAAGAUGUUCGACUCCUCCAGGGACCGGGGAUCACCCUUCCAGUUCAAACUGGGAGCAGGUGAAGUCAUCCGUGGUUGGGAUGAAGGUGUAGCUCAGAUGAGCCUGGGCCAGGUGGCCAAGCUGACCUGCUCUCCGGACUACGCAUAUGGCAGCAGAGGAUAUCCACCCAAAAUCCCUGCAAAUUCCACUCUUAUCUUUGAAGUGGAGCUUCUGAAAUGCUGAGGGUUUAAAUUGAGUGUUACUAUUCAUUUUUCUUCCUCAUCCUUUCCAUCCACAUUUAACAGUUUGAUCAAAGGUGCUGUCAUUAUCAUUCAGAAACAUUGAUUAAUUAUUGUAGAAAGAAUUUGUCUCAAAUACAUCUUGUGUAGAUGUAUUUGAGACAAAUGAGAACAGGCAAAUAAGCGUCUUAAGGUAGUGAGAUGAUUGUGAAGUCUCUAAAAUUUGAAGUAGUAGUAAAAUAAUUUGGGGAAAUACUGGUAGCGUUCUUGCUGGAAGUUGGAUGACAUCAGUAAUACUCUGUUUAAUAAAUAUGAAAAACCCAGCUUAAGAUCAGAAUUCAGCAAUCCCUCUGUUCAAAGAAAUCGAAAAUCCACCAAGUGCACCUUGGAAAAACACAAGUGUCGAGUCGUAUGCCAAGGCCAGUGCUUUAUCUUGUAAAUUUUAAAUAAAAUUAUUUCAGUGGUUUCUUUCUUUGACCAUGCUCAGUCUCUCCACUGAACUGACCAAUAGAUUCUGUUUGUUUGGUUUUUUUUAACUCUGUGUAAGAGCCUGAAAAUCUAACUGUAAUUAGUGAUCUACAGGUGUUGGUAAAUGGGUUUACUGACCUUUUAAACAGUAGGCUCAUAUUUACCAAAUGCAUAUGACCAAUAUUGAUCUCAUCUCACUUUAUGUAGAAAGUCUUUGCCAAAAAAAGCCUGUUUAAUAGGUUUCAGAUGAAUUUAAACUGGCAUUGGACGAAAAAAAAUCAGUAUUAAAGGAUAUGAUUGCUGAAUCUGGCCAGUUUAUAUUGGUAACCUGAAGAUGACAAUUUAAUGCAGUCUUGGAUGCUAAGUGAAAUUUGAGGAUUUAUUUAGCCUUAUUUUCUGCCACUUGCCUGUUAAAUUUUUAAGUUACCUGUUAAUUAUCUGCAUCUUAUCUAUUACUCAACACAAAGGGCACACGAUAGAGCGCCAGAAAACCAAGUAAUAUUUCAAAACGUGUUGGAUAUCAGUCCUUUUUAGGAAAUUUUCAUAUUGUUCAAGCGUUUUUAAAGUAAUGUGGUAAUCCCUGUUAAAACACAUAUAACACCUUUUAGUGAAUAUUUUUUUCUGAGUAGAUUUAUCCCUUCAAUAAAAGCAUUGAUUUGACAGCUUAAACAACCAAGAUAAUAGGAAACUCUUUCUAUGUUUGGAAAUAGUAAUGCAUGGUGACCUGUUCAGUUUCAAACCUAAUCAUGCCAUUUAUAUUGGUUACAUUUUACGAAACCUGUUCUCCUUUAACUUUCCUCCUGUAUCUUUGAAGUUACAAAGUGUCCUUGUCUUUUGUCAUAAUACAGUCACAUUACUGGUAGUGGUUUUUUUCUUUCUUCACUGUAUCAUCCAUUGGAAUUUGUCUUAUCUUUGGGAACUGCAUUCUUGAAUUAAAAGCGUAAACUAUAAAUGUCUCA